CGCUCUUCCACUGUUUGAAUCAAUGAAGCUGGCUAUGGUUUUAUUCUCGAUGAAAUUUUUCCCUAAAAUGGCGAAAUCCACCCCAAAUUAGCGACGUCUAUGGAUAAUUCCAGCUUCUUUAACGAAUUUGGAAAAUCUUGGUGUCUUUCUCACUUCUUAUUCAAUAAUUUAGGCUAAAUUUGGAGGGUAUGCUUUUUUGUCAUGGCGUCAGAUGAUGAGAGCGCUUCUCAGGAAAUUGAAUCUGCAGCAUUAGAAUCAGAGAAGUACUUGAACUCUGUCUGUGAGGUUGAUGCUAUUCAGAAUGCCUCAAUAGCCGAGCAAAACAACACAUCUACUGAUGAUAGUAGAAAUGCCAUCCUAAAUGUCAAAAAGAAUACAAAUGAGAAAUGCCAGUCGUUCCUAGAUAACUCUCCAUUUGAAACAAUUUACAUCAAAGAAGAGGAAUUGAAGAAAGUAAACCUUGAUGAGUAUCUUCACUUAAAGUCUGUAACAUCAAGUGGGGAAGAUUGCAAUGAAAACCCUCUUGGGACAUGUCAAAAUCUAGAAAAAUCAGAGCAACAUUCAGAUGAAAUCAAGUCUGUGGAAAAUGAAAUUUCUAAUGCAAUGCUGGGAAAUGAAAUUCAUCCAGAAUGUUUGCAAGAAAAACAAUUCCUAAUUCCACAUCUCAUUUCCAGCAGUGAGCAUAAUGUUGGUGUUUUGUGUAUUCGGGCAGCUAAUGAUGCUGCACAUAAUACACCCAGAUCUCUUGGUGUAUGGAAGCCUAUUAUCAACAAAUCUAGUGUUGGAAAGACUAACAAGAUUGUGAAAACAGACUUGAACGUGCAAAGCCCAGGUCCUCGAUGUAUAGGUUCAAGAAUUACCAAGACUCCUUACCGGAAAAAAUCUCCGUUGAACUGGUUUCCGCGUAAGAAGACAGAAUCUUUUCUUGAACGCAAGAUCAGAAUGUUGCAGGAAGCAGAGGGAAUAAAGGCAUCCCUAGAUGAAACUUUGGUGGGUUCAAACAUUAUAUUGCCCAGAGUUGAGAGGGAAAAACGUGCAGUACAAGCUGUAGCAAAAGAAGCCAUAAAAACUCGCAAAGCUGCUUUUGUAGAAGCAUCCUGGUGUCGUAUCUUAGUGGCGGCAGGAAUUCCUUGUGGGUUAGCUGCAGAGGAGUUGAAGAAAGCUGAGACAAAGGCAUCAGAAGUUCUUGAUAAGGCAGUAGCACUUGGUGUGAUUAUGAAGAGCAACCCAAGCACUUCUAACCAUUCAUGUGAAGGAGGGAGUCCAAAUAAUGAAGAAGGCUUAAGUAAUACCAUAACUGCAUCUUUUGAAACUGCAUUUGAGGUGGACAAAGAAGUCUCAGCAGCUGUUAAAGUUGCUUUCAGGAGGUUGUCUCAACUAUCUGAUUCUACCCUAGGUGUUAAAGCAGCUGAUAAAUGCAAGUCUAGGAUCUGCAAUGGAGAUGCACUAGGUCUUGCUUGCAUUGAUGAAUCAGAAAUUCUCGAGGGUCUGGAUGAAAAGACUGGCUUGCAUGAAGGAUGUUUUGAAACCAACACUCAACAUGAUUCUGAAUUGAAAGGAGAGAAAGAUACCCGUACUAAACAUGAAGCUGGUAAGCUACCACUGGGAAACAAAAUAUUUAAAGAGAUUCCAUCAAAUCUUGAAGCAUCUGAGGAUUUGGUGAAGCUAAUGGUGGAACGGAUGAAAUUUCUCAGCACUAAAGAGCUUAUAUCUCUAGAACAAGUAGUGUCUACUCGUGGAUUGGGUGCUUUGCUUCAAGAACAAAAUGUGGAAGUAAAAGAUAAGAACAGCGGCUGUGGCCUUGCAGAUAUACUAGUUAAGCAUGUUUCUCGUUUGGAGGCAGAAAAGGCUGCAGCUUCUAAGUCCACUGUCUUAUCUAGAGCUUCUAAAAAGAAAAUUUGUCAGGAAAAUGUACCUGAUUUAGGAAGUGUUCUUGUAAAGCAUAAAUCGAAAUUGGAGAAAGAAAUAGCAGAAGCCAAAAAGUCAUACAAAGGAGAGGAGCUAAGAUGCCGUCAACAGUCGGGGCAAAUAGUGGAAAGUCUUGAUAAAGUUCUUGUUAAACGCGUAUCAGUCUUGGAAAGAAAUAAGCAGGAAGCAGCUGCAAAAGGCAUGACACUUGAAGAUAAAAAGGCCACCAAAUCUAUAAGAUCUUGUACAAAUGAGCACAGUACACUUGGAUUGGGUGACAUUCUGAAGAAACAAGAUUCUACAAUGAAAAACAAUUUUUUUAAGGGUUUUGCCAAUAGAAAAGAGAACAAAGAUGCAAAUAUGAUAGGUGAUACUCUUUUUGACGAAAUUAAACAGACUAAUAUUGGUAAAAAAGAGUCUAAAGAACAAGUUGAGAGUUUAGAUAAGAUUCUCAUUAAGAGAGUCUCCAGGUUAGAAAAGGAGAAGGCAGCAGCAAUUGCUUUUGCAAAGGCACAUGACGAACAAAGAAACUUGGCAUCUACAAAUUCCGAGAUAAAUUUUUUUGAUGGUCCCGAUGUUUGUAACCACAGAAGGAAUGCACAAGACAAUACAAAUGAUUAUGCUUCUCAGUACAGGGAAGAUUGUGUUACCUCUGCAGUGGAGAAACCUGUAUUCAUCCAGUCUGGAAACAUUCACAAUGUAGAGAAUAUAUUACAGCAUAAUUCCUCUUCUGUAUCCAUCCCUGAUUUAGGAAGUGUACUGAUCAAACGGGUUCCCAAAUUUCAACAAGAAAUUGAAGCAGCAAAAAGAGCUUCCACAACAUCUCAAAGCAUAUGGAGAAAGGAGCGCUUCCAUAACGAGAAGUCUGAGGAAGGUUUAGAUAAGGUUCUAGUCAAACAUGUUUCAAGGCUUGAACGGGAGAAACUUGCAGUUUGUAAUAGAGAAAUCUCAAGAAAUGUCUGUGCAACUUCCACAGCUUCAUCUGGUGAGUUAGAAGGUCAGCAUCCUGACCGGAGUGGGGAGAAUCAAAUUCAGAGUAACGGUGUCUUUAUACCUGAAUAUACUGAAUUGUGUACUAAACCAGAUGCAAAGAUCCAAGGAUUGUGCAGUGAAAUUUCUCAUCUCUCAUAUGCUAAGAGCAACCAGUUGAAGCAGGGUAAUGAUAAUAUUACCGGAACAUCUAAAACCAACCCUUUUCCAGCACCCAUCAAGAAGAUGUCAAGACUUGAGAUUGAAAAACAAGAAGCAGCUGCCUUGGCUGCAUCUGGGAAUAAUCCUUGGCAAAGGCGGAGGAAUACCAGAGACCAAGAAUUACAGAGUAUAUGGGGAGGUGUGGGCCUUGGAAAUGUGCUGAAACCACAUAUGUCUAAACUCAAGCUGGAGCAGGCUGCUUGGCGUAAGGCAGAAGAGGAAGAAAAGAGUCAGCCACCUUCACACUGAUUGUUCUUAUGACCAUUAUGUUUUGGCGUGCACUAGAACAAAUUCAAGAUGCAGAUACUGUAAUCAUUAAUGUCCUGGUGAUGACUUUCUACACUCGAGCAAAUUCAAGAUGUAGUUGUAUUAAGCCGCCUAUUAGUAUUGAGGUCUUUCAAGCUGUCAGACAUUUUUCUGGAGGAUGCGUCCCAGAAAGGGUUCACAUGAGAGCUUAUUUAAAAAAAAUGCGACCAGGCCGAGCUGAAAAUUUAAUUGCUCAAUUUGGGUGAUGGCCGAUUAUGUGAAGCAUGGACGAGCUCCAUCAUGCAAAAUUCAAGGUUUAAAAUCGAAGUGGAAGUGUGAAAGCAUGGUGAGUUUGUUCGGAAGGAAAUUUUACUAUUUGGGUUUGAUUUGUUAAGCCACUUGAAGCCAAUCACGUUUUAGAACUUCGAAACUUCCAUGAUAAGUUCAUCCAUUUGAAUUAGUACAGCGAAUUCAAGAGCAAAAUUGGGAGACAUUCGCCGAAUAAGGGAACUUGUCAAGGAAAACAUGAAAUUUCAAACCGUAGGCCAUCUUUUUCGAUUCAUUCAAAUUUACAAUAAUUUAUUUGAUAAGGCCUUUGUUUAACUAACGUUUUAGGUUUAUAUUAUCAGAAUGAUGUCACAUCAAUAUGUUUUUGUUGAGGUAUGCAAUAAGAUCCAAAAAAUUGGUA